AUGAAAACUAUUAGAUUAGCAAAAAGUGUUUUUAGAAAUAAUAAUGUUUCAAUAAAUAAUAAUAUUUUUAGAAAUGGUUUCAAUAAUUAUAAUAAUUGUAUAAAUAGAAGUUUUACAUCAACUGUAAAUAAAUCCAAUAUAACAGAAGAACAAAAUAAAAAACUUGAAGAAAAAACACAAUCAAAAUUCUUUAAAGGUGAUGUUGCAUUAGAAGGUGUAAAAAGUGAUGGUACAUCAUUAAGAUGGUAUAAAACAACUGGUUAUACAUAUGACGAAGAGUUGGGUGGAUAUUUACCAACUAUUGACGAUAGAAGAAUUAAAACCCCAAAUGAUAUUUUAGUUGUAGUACCAUCUAAAGAAAUUGCCUUAUCAAUUGCUGCUGAAUGGGCUGCUCAAGAAAAAUAUAUUAGACCUGCAAGAUUACCAAUUACUCAAACUAUUAUUACAUGUUUAGAAAUUAGACCAGAGGGUAGAGAAAAAGUCAUUGGCGAAUUUCUUAAUCAUUUAGCUACAGAUCCAACAUGCAACAGAGAAAUGUAUGAUUCAAAACUUCAAAAACUCCAAAAAGAAUUUUUUGAUCCAGUCGUUAAUUUUGCAUCAGAAUAUUAUGGUAAAGAAUUUACAAUUUCUAAACAUCUCGAAACAUCAAAACAUCCACAAGAAUUAUUAACAUCCAUUAAAGACCACUUAAAUUCAAUGAAUAAUUUCGAAUUAUGUUGUUUACAAUUAAUUUCUCAAUCUGCUAAAUCAUAUUUAUUAGCACUCAACCUCUAUUAUGGAAAAAUUAGAUUAGAUAAUCUCUAUAAAUCAAUUGCUUUAGAAGAGGAGUACCAAGCAGAGGUUUGGGGUAAAGUUCCUUUUGGUCAUGAUUUAGCCGAAUGCGAGUCUCACAACGAAAUUGCUCCACCAUUAUUUAUUUUAAGAAACAUGAAACCAAUCCCAUUACCACAAAAAUAA